AUGGCGAGCUUGGGCGCUCCUUCAAAGAAGCACAAGGUGACCAUUGUGGGAUCCGGCAACUGGGGCUCAACUAUUGCCAAGAUCGUCGCUGAAAACACCCGCGCACACAAGGAACUCUUCGAGGAAGAUGUCCAGAUGUGGGUCUACGAAGAGAACGUAACAAUUCCUAAGGAAUCCAAACUCUAUGACGAAGCCAACGGCGAUGCACCCCAAAAACUCACAGAGGUCAUCAACAAACACCACGAGAACGUAAAGUACCUACCAGGCAUUUCUCUGCCCGCCAACCUCAUCGCCAACCCCGAUAUCCGCGACGCUGUCAAGGACUCAUCCGUCCUUGUUUUCAAUCUGCCCCACCAGUUUAUCGCAAACGUCUGCAAGCAGAUCAACGGACACAUUCUCCCCUUUGCUCGAGGAAUCAGCUGUAUCAAGGGUGUCAAUGUUACGGACACAGACAUUAGCUUGUUCAGCGAGUGGAUUGGCGAUGGACUAGGUAUCUACUGCGGUGCCCUUAGUGGUGCCAACCUGGCUCGAGAAAUUGCUGAGGAGAAGUGGUCAGAGACGACCAUCGCUUAUGACCCUCCUGCUCUUGAUAACAGCAGAGCCCCUACACCUCGAUCCGGCAGCCCUAACCCAACAAUGGGCGAGCUCCCUGAGGCGCAUCACAAGGACGUGCGUGGCCGAACAUCCAAGACAAAGUUGACCGCCAUGCCCGCUGAGUAUCCUCCUCUGGACCAGCACUGCUUCCGAACGCUAUUCCACCGACCUUAUUUCCAUGUUCAGAUGGUUUCCGACGUCGCCGGUGUAUCUCUGAGCGGUGCGUUGAAGAACGUCGUUGCUUUGGCAGCUGGUUUCGUCGAUGGCCGAGGCUGGGGUGACAAUGCCAAGGCAGCCAUCAUGCGUGUUGGACUUAUGGAGAUGGUCAAGUUUGGCAAGGAGUUCUUUGGCGAGACUGUCCACACCGCCACCUUUACAGAGUCAUCUGCUGGUGUCGCCGAUCUGAUCACAUCCUGCUCCGGAGGCCGUAACUUCCGAUGUGCCAAGAUGGCUGUCCAAAAGGGCAUCAGCGUUCAAGAAGUCGAGAAGCAGGAGCUCAACGGUCAAAAGAUCCAGGGUACAACUACUGCCGAGGAGGUGAACAGUUUCCUCAAGGCUCGAGGUCUCGAGUCGGAGUAUCCUCUGUUCACAGCCGUCAACGCCAUUUUGAACGGCGAGGCGCAGGUGGACGAUAUUCCUACUCUGAUUCAGGAUUCUUGA